AUGUCCAAGUCUGCACCAUCUGAUCAGUCUCGGAUCAAUCUCCUCGACUCAAAAGAUCUGAUUGCGGACAAGAUAAAACGGUGCAAGACAGACUCAUUUGCAGGCCUUGAAUUCGACAAUGCUGAGAGACCCGAAUGCAACAAUCUCCUCUCCGUAUAUCAGAUUGUUUCAGGAAAGACUAAAGAGGAAGUGUCGGAGGAAUGCAAAGAUAUGAGCUGGGGUACAUUUAAACCUCUCCUCGCAGAUGCUCUGAUCGAGCAUCUAAGUCCAAUCCAGGUCCGUUACCAGGAGAUAACAGCGGAAACAGGGUACUUGGACAAAGUACUAUCAGAAGGUGCAGACAGAGCCACGGAGAUAGCUGAUGCCACAGUUCAUAAUUUGAAACAAGCUAUGGGAUUCUAUCCGAGGAAUAGUGCCAGCUAA